AGAGCCGCCUCGCUUUACGGCAGCAACACCGGCGGGAGGAAGGGGAGGGACGGAGGAACCGCGUGAGGGAGAACGAGGCCGCCAUGAAGAGACCGAAGCUGAGGAAGGCGAGCAAGCGGCUGACGUGCCACAAGCGGUACAAGAUCCAGAAGAAGAUCCGGGAGCAUCACCGCAAGGUGCGGAAAGAGGCCAAGAAACGGGGCCGCAAGAAGAACCGCAAGGACCCGGGGGUGCCCGGAACGGCGCCGUUCAAGGAGGAGCUGCUGAGGGAGGCCGAGCUCAGGAAACAGCGGCUGGAAGAACUGAAGCAGAAGCAGAAGCUCGAAAGGCAGAAGGAGCUUGAGAGGAGGAGGAAGCUCGACGCCAAGAGGAGCACGGCUGCAGCCCAGGAACAGACCGAGGGGAAGGAAGCCUCUGGCAAAUCUGAAGCAAAGAAGACCAAGAAGGAUCUGGAUAAAAAUGCAAAGAAGUCAUUUCACAGUGAGCUUGAGAAAGUGAUCGAGAUGUCAGAUGUGCUUCUGGAGGUUUUAGAUGCCAGGGAUCCGAUGGGCUGUCGCUGUCCCCAGCUGGAACAAGCUGUUGCUGGCUCUGGAGGAGAAAAAAAGCUACUGUUGGUUCUGAACAAAAUUGAUUUAGUGCCAAAGGAAAACUUACAGAAGUGGUUGAAUUAUUUGAAGAAGGAAUUUCCAACAGUUGCCUUUAAAUCAGCGACGCUGCUGAAGGACAGGAACAUGCAGACUUUCUCGAGAAGAAGAGCACGGAUUGAUUUAUCGAGACACACUGAAAGCUUUGGAAGCACGUGCCUUGUGAAACUUCUUCAGGAGUACGGGAGGACGCAGAACAAAGCCAUUCAGGUUGGGUUAGUAGGAUUUCCUAACGUGGGGAAGAGCAGCGUAAUCAAUAGCAUUAAGAAAGAUCGUGUUUGUGAUGUUGGGCCAGCCAGAGGUGUCACCAAGUCCAUGCAAGUUGUGCGUAUUGAUAAACAGCUGAAGAUUUUAGACAGUCCAAGCAUAGUUGCAGACCGUACCAACAGCGCUGUGACAAUGGCCCUGAGGAGCAUCAUACACGGUGGGGAGUUGUGCUCAGUGAACCUGGUGAAAGCAGUAGAUGCCAUUCUGGAUCACUGCAAUAAGCAGCAGGUGAUGAUGUUCUACAGCAUCCCAGAUUUCAGGAACACUGAAGAGUUUUUAAGUUUACUUGCUCAGAAAAGGGGCAUGCUGAAAAAAGGGGGCGUUCCCGACAUAGAGAACAUGGCUAAGUCACUGCUUUGUGACUGGACUGGAGCUAAAAUAAGCUACCACUCAGAACCACCCCCAUCUCAGAUCCUGCCGCCAUACCUGACAGAAGACAAAAUAGCUGAAAUGCAGGUGGGCUUCAAUUUAAAGAAGCUGGAAGAAGAAAACAGCAGCACAGUUCAAGCUCUAAAGUACCCCAGCCCAGCAAGCAGCAUUGUUUUCCAAGCAGUUGGCAUGACUAAUGGGAAAAUAGUGAAAGAUAAGGUGGAAGAAGAAGAAUCGGAGUGGGAGGACUUGGAAAUAAGCCACGAGGAAGAAGAUUUAAUGGAAACUGAUGAUGAUCAAGACACUAUGGAAGAAGAAGAGGAGGAAAAUAACAUCAAAGAGGAUGGCAGGACUCCGAUGACCAGGAAUGCUGAGCUUGGAAUGGGACAAACAGAAAGUGAGAUCGCAGAAAGCAGAGUUGCCAACUCACUGUCGUUCAGCUCAGACAAGGCUGCAGGUGAAGAUGAUGCCUAUGAUUUUAAUACAGACUAUGUGUAACGAGGUGUGUGAAGAGGCCUGGAGGCUGUUCCUGGCUUUCAGAACAGAGAUCUCUGUUACAGGAGGUGCAGCAAUGCCAUGUACCACAGCUGCUGCCGGGGCUCCAGUCAUGUAUAUAACACUGCCUCUCUCAGCGGUUACAGGUUUUGUACAGUUGUAGGAGGCUGAAAUCCUGUACAUUCAUUGUUUAACAAUAAACAAAACUAUUUUUAAAUGUUA